CGCCUCCUGCCCGUCCAAGCCAAUGGCAGGGCGCUGUCCUCGCCCUUCCGGAGCCCCCCCGCGGCGGGGUUGGGUAGCAACGAUGGACGCUGAGGUGCAGCAGGCGCUGCUCAAUUACUACUGCCAGCAGGGGCUCUUCCAGCACGCCCGGGCCGCGGCGGACGAGGCUCUGGCGCGGCUGGGCGGGGACCCCGUGCUCCUCUUCUACCGGGCCUACGGCGCGCUGAGGGCAGGUGAUGUCCAAGAAGGUAUUCGACAGUUGGAGUCUAUUAAAAACAGACAGGAGGUGUCACUUUGUACGAUGAUGGCUCUGAUUUAUGCCCAUAAAAAGAGCCCUAAUCCAGAUCGAGAGGCUAUUCUAGAGCUGGAUACAAGACUGAAGGAACAACGUAAAACAGCAGGACAGCAGGCUCUGUACUAUGCUGGCUUGUUUUUGUGGCUUCUUGGUCGUGAGGACAAAGCCCGUGAAUAUGUUGAUAGAACGAUCAAAGUUUCUGGUGCUGGUAAAGAGGGUUUAAUUUUGAAAGCAUGGCUUGAUCUCACCUGUGGGAAAGAAACUCACAUUAAAAAGGCUCUGAAAUACUUUGAUGAAGCACUGCAGGAAGGCAAUGAUGUUUUUGCACUACUUGGUAAAGCACAGUAUUUUGAGGUCCGACAGAAUUAUUCAGGAGCUCUGGAAAUUGUGAACCAGAUAAUUGCUAACUUCCCAAACUUCAUUCCUGCUUUCAUAAAGAAAAUGAAGCUACAACUCGCCUUGCAGGACUGGGAGCAGACAAUUGAAACGGCACAUAGACUAUUGCAGAAAGAUCCUCUUAAUUUAGAAGCCAUAAGAAUGGAGGCCCUGCAUCAUCUGUGCAGGGAAGGAAAUAUAUCUGAGGCUUCAGCAAGACUGGGAGACCUGAUUAAAGCACUGGAUAGAUUAGAACCACGUAAUUCUGAGCUAUUCUGUAAAAUGGCUUUAGCUUUCAGUAGAACAUGUGGCCGGAACGAGCUCAUCCUUCAGCAUACACAAACCUUAAUACAAAGAGCAUUUGAUUUGGCAUCUGACAAUGCAGAAUUUGCUACUGAACUUGGCUACCAAAUGAUUUUGCAAGGGAAGGUGAAGGAAGCUCUAAAAUGGUACAAGACUGCUAUGACUCUUGAUGAAACAAGUGUUUCUGCACUAACUGGAAUUAUCCGUUGUCAGCUAAUACAAGGGCAGUUAGAAGAUGCGGAGCAGCAGUUGGAGUUUCUUAAUGAAAUUCAGCAGUCCAUUGGGAAAUCUGGGGAAUUAUCUUUCCUGCAUGCAGUCCUAGCUAUGAAAAAACAUAAGAGACAGGAAGAAGUUUUUGCUUUAUUGAACGAUGUUCUGGAUAUUCACUUCUCAUCUCUGCAUGGAUUUCCUCUUGGUGUGGAGUAUUUUGAAAAACUAAACCCAGAUUUCUUGCUAGAAAUUAUUAGAGAAUAUCUUAUUUUUUGUCCAGCACAGCCUGCAAGUCCUGGGCAGUCUCCUUCACCACUUCUCAAGCACUGUGCUUCAGUUCUUGAAACUGUUGUAAAAACUGUGCCUGGUCUUCAACAAGCUAUUUUUUUAAUUGCAAAAGUGAAGUACUUGUCAGGGGAUAUUGAAGCAGCCCAUAGUAAUCUACAUUACUGUCUGGAAAGGAACCCUUCUUAUGCAGAUGCACACUUACUCAUGGCCCAAGUGUACUUGGCUCAAAACAAUAUCAAAUUAUGUUCUCAGUCCUUGGAACUUUGUCUAAGCUAUAAUUUUGAGGUGAGAGAGCAUCCUGUAUAUCACUUAAUUAAGGCCCAAAUCCAAAAGAAGAUGGGAGAAAUAUCAGAAGCUAUUAAAACCUUACAGAUGGCAAGGAAUUUGCCUGGAAUGAGAAAAUGUACAACUUCCUCAAAAACAAAAGGAAAAAGUAUUGAAAUUGAUGCAAGUGAUCGUGUGUCUGUGUUCCUAGAGUUGGUAGAAGCUCAUCGUUUGAAUGGAGAACCGCAUGAAGCUGCUAUAGUCAUCCAAGACGCCAUUAAUGAAUUUUCUGGAACACCCGAGGAGCUAAGAAUUGUGAUUGCAAAUGCAGAUCUGGCAAUUGCUCAAGGAGAUGUGAAACAUGCCUUGACUAUGCUCCGCAAUAUUACACCUGAACAGCCUUACUUUGUACAAGCUAAAGAAAAAAUGGCAGAUAUUUAUCUUCAGUAUAUGAAAGAUAAGAAGCUAUAUGCCGCCUGCUAUAGUGACCUAGUAGAAAAACUACCAAGUGCUCAUACUUUUCUUCUUCUUGGUGAUGCAUACAUGAAUAUUCAAGAGCCUGAUGAAGCCAUAGAAGUCUAUGAGCAGGCCUUGAAGAAAAAUCCAAAAGAUCCAUCUGUAGCAAGUAAAAUUGGAAAAGCCCUAAUCAAAACACAUAACUACUCAAAGGCAAUUGGUUACUAUGAGGCUGCAGUUAGAGAUGGUCAACAGAACUUCCUUUGCUAUGAUUUGGCUGAGCUUUUAAUGAAAUUGAAGCGGUAUGAACAGGCAGAAAAAGUACUUCAGCAAGCUUUAGAUCAUGAGCCUGUUAACGAGUUGUCUUCUCUGAUGGAAGAUGUACGUUACCAGGUACUUCUGGCAAAAAUUUACAGCAAAAUGGAGAAGAUUGACAGAGCUAUUGUUUCAUUACAACAGGCUCGGGAAUUACAAGGCAGAGUGCUUAAGCGGUCUCAAGUAGAACAGCUGGAUGCAGUUCCUGCACAGAAACAGUUAGCGGCUGAGAUUUGUGCUGAGAUUGCAAAACAUUCAACAGCCCAGCGAAACUAUGAAAAAGCAAUUAAAUUUUACAAAGAAGCCCUUGUUCACUGUGAAACCAAUAACAAGGCAAUGUUGGAACUUGCACGUUUAUAUCUAGCACAAGACGAUACUGAUGCCUGUCAACAUCAGUGUUCCUUACUGCUGAAGAAUGACCAAGACAAUGAAGCAGCAACAGUGAUGAUGGCUGAUCUCAUGUUCAGGAAGCAAGAUUACGAACAAGCUGUUUUUCAUUUCCAGCAGCUCCUGGAACGCAAGCCAGAUAACUAUGCAACCCUCUCUCGAUUAAUUGAUCUGUUAAGAAGAGCCGGGAAAUUAGAAGAGGUCCCAAGAUUUCUUUUAAUGGCUGAAAAACAUUCUUCCCGAACAAAGCUUGAACCAGGAUUUCACUACUGCAAAGGACUGUAUCUUUGGUACACAGGUGAGCCAAACGAUGCAUUGCGGCAUUUUAAUAAAGCUCGAAAGGACAGUGACUGGGGACAGAAUGCAGUCUACAACAUGAUUGAAAUUUGUUUGAACCCAGAUAAUGAAACUGUGGGUGGAGAAGUCUUUGAAAAUCUCGAUGCUGACAUGGGUAAUUCAACAGAGAAGCAGGAGUCUGUGCAGUUGGCUGUAAGAACAGCAGGAAACCUGCUAAAGGAGCUCAAGCCUCAAACCAUUCAGGGUCACAUUCAGCUGCGAAUCAUGGAGAAUUAUUGUCUCAUGGCAACCAAACAAAAAUCAAGUGUUGAACAAGCACUGAACACUUUCACAGAAAUAGUUGUGGCUGAGAAGGAUCAUAUACCAGCACUUUUGGGAAUGGCCACGGCCUACAUGAUCUUGAAACAGACUCCAAGAGCCAGAAAUCAGUUAAAACGGAUUGCAAAAAUGAGCUGGAAUCCCAUUGAUGCAGAGGAAUUUGAAAAGAGUUGGCUUCUGCUUGCAGAUAUAUAUAUUCAAUCUGCAAAAUAUGAUAUGGCAGGUGAACUUCUAAAACGAUGCCUUCGUCAUAACAGGUCAUGCUGCAAGGCUUAUGAAUACAUGGGAUACAUAAUGGAAAAGGAGCAGGCAUAUAAGGAUGCAGCAAUAAAUUAUGAGAUGGCCUGGAAAUAUGGAAACCAGACGAAUCCAACAGUAGGCUAUAAGCUGGCUUUCAAUUACCUGAAAGGGAAGAGAUAUGUUGAUGCAAUCGAUGUUUGCCAUAAGGUAGAAUUUGUGUCCUUAAAGCACAUCCAAACUAUCCGAAGAUCAGGAAGGAAAUACUGGACAAGGCCCGUGCAUCUCUGAGAAACUGAAUUUGUUUUUUGUAUGAUUCAUGGAGUUUUUUUAAUCAGACUUUGGAAACUAUGAAUGAAAUACUGCAGUGACAGAGACCACAUCAGCAAAAAACUAAUGUGGAUAUGAUGAAUUUAACUACCUUAGAGGCCUUUUUUUUAUGAAAAUAAUUGAAAGAAAUUGUAUUUGCUCUCAUUCAGGAUUGAAUACUGCUCCCAUGUGUGUUAUGUAAAGUGCUAUCAUAACAAAGUGUUAUUGGCAUUAUAAAAACGUUUUAAACAUAUAACUCAAUAUUUUGUUGUGUUUAUUUGAAAUAACACUAAAACAACAACCUGUCUAGUUGAGUUGCAUUGUUAAGAUGCUGGAUUUUAAUUCACGUAAACCAUUACCUCAUAAUUACAGUGUAAUCUUUAUUAAUACAGGAGUAUUUCUAAAUUAUGAGGGGGUUUUAUUUCUACAUAUAUUAAAGGCAUGCUUUAUCUUUUAAAAAAUAAUGAAAACAAAUAGCUAUGUGCAUUGUUCUCAAUUAAAUUAAGAUUUUUAAAUGAAAAUGGAACAGUUAAAAUACAGAUCGUAUGUAAAUACUCAAUAAAGACUCAUAGAACCUUAAGGUCUUACACAGAAUUUACUUUCUGCUCUUGCUAUUAUCCACCUGUCAGAUUUCCAUGAAGAAAAUUGUUCUUAAUCUGUAUUGGAUAGUCUUUCAACACUGUAUGUGUAGACAACAUAGUCAUAUAUGCAGAAGAUGGCUCUCAUUUUGUUUGAUCUCUAUAAAACCUCGUUUUAGGGAAGUAACUUAAUGCAGGGGUUUAUGAUCUUGUCUCACAUACAGAAUAUAUACCUGCAAAUCUUUAGGGGAGCAGUACUGUGUCAUGAAUGAGUCAAAGGAAGGAGAAAGAUCAGGUUUCUUUUCACUGAUGCAGAAUUUUUGAAAAAACGCUAUUGCACUGCUCUAUUUGGUUUUCAAACAGCACUUGAUGUUGUGUCUUUUUUCUAGAAUUCUAAAAAUUCUGUAUUUCUAGAAAUAAAAAUGAAUAUUUUAUUCAUUACUAGAAAAGUAAUGUUUUGGCAUGAAAAGGGAAUUCUUAAUGGUAGUGAUUAAGUUUAUAUAUUUUAUAAGCAAUUUGAGUUUUUAGCAUUUCCUGUUGGCAUUUUGUAAAGUCACUUUCAGUUUGAUUUUUGGGUCUCUUUUUAGGACAACUCAAUGUUAAGGCUAUCUACCAAAGGGAGCUUGUUUACUGUUGUAUCUGUUGUAUAUCUUGCCUAUCAAUAACUGGGUGCUGUAUCUUGGGGAAGUUUUAGCCUUGUUUCCUGAAUAUAUUGAGGUGCAUCACCUAGACAAUGAUGCUGCCUGCUGGUGGUUGCUAGGUCCUGCAUUCCAGUAACUUUGGAGCUGCUGGUCAGCUAAACUAAAAUAAAGAGAUGUGUCUUAGGAUUGUGACAGUUCUGCAAAAUUUCUGUGAAUAUUAGAAUGGAGAAGAGACUCAAAUAAGUCAGGGGUCCAUGAAACUUACGGUGUGGCUUUGUCCCUUCUGUUUGAGCGCUGUCAGUCAGUGUGUACAUGACUGUACUAGGCACAACACAAGCCCCCCUGGUUUUUGCAUGUAAGUUUUUGCACUAUGGCAGAGCUCAGACGAGGAAGAUUUAGUAUACUGGGGGAAAACCUGAUGGUAUGGGAGUGGGAUGAAGAGCAUGGAAAGAUCUGGAAAAUUCUGAGGAUGGGGGCAACUUUUGACUGUGGGGUUUAGUAGGCUAUAAAUUCUUAAACUAUGCUCAGUGGUGGGGAUUUUCUCACUUCAAAAGAAUAAGUACUUAGCAAGGCAGCUUCUAAUAAAACAUUCCUUUGUACACAGCCUUAUUCAUGCAGGAUCAAUGUGUUGUUACUUCCUAGAUAGCAUAGGAAUAACAUUUAGCUGAAGUUCAGAAUAAAAAUAGGUGCAAGAUGUUUUCAAAAACAUCAAGACAUCUGCAUCUGAUCUGCUUUUCUUGUAAAGUCGACAUUAGCCUUUCAUAAAGUAUGUGUGACAGA